AUGAAAAGUACGAAACGAUCUUCAUCCUCUCUUCAAAGCGUGAUCAAGCCUUCCAUGAUGGUUUCUCCUCCAUCUUCAUCCUUAUCAGACGAGCAGCCCCGAGAUGAAUCGGAAUAUUCAAUAAAUUCAAUUACGUUGGAUUUGGAAAAAUUAUGCGAGUCUAUACAAACGACUGCCAUGUUAUUGGCCCGUAUCGGAACUGCUGAAGACAGCAAAGAAAUACGAACUGAAAUUCAACAAUUAAAGAAAUAUACACAAAAUGUUAUUCAAGACAUUGAACACCGAUUGAUUAAUUUGGAAGUAGAAAAUCCAGAUCAACAAUUUUUGAAAUUCAAAACUGAUUUUAACCGUCUGAAACAAUUAAGAGAUGAAUACUUUAAAAAGAAAUUAAAACAAUUAGAAUUGAAAUAUCCAAAGACGAAUUUGAAAAACAAAAGCAUACCAACGAAUCCUCUUGUUGCUUUAUAUAAAAAGCAUUGGAAAGAAACACAGAACGCUUUUUGUGACAAGUAUGGAAUUGAUCCAAUGGUAUUUGCCUCCUGGUUAAGCGGAAUUGCCGAAAGCAAAGAAUCAGAAAAUGCUGUGAGGAAAUUUAUUGCGUCAAAAGAACAAUCAGAACAGAAAAAUCCAUCUGAAAGAGAAGAAUUAUUUACAAUUUUAAACUCACAAGAAAAUUCUUCCAUGUAUAAUAGUGCAGAACAGCAACAGCAAAUUGUUUUACAAGAUGAAUUUAUAUUUUUACCGUACAAGGAAGAUGAGGAUGAAUUGCAAGAUCUUCGAAAUCUGCAUAAAGAUUUAAGAGAUUUAUACCAAAUUUCGCAAGAUCUACACCAAGAAGUCCAAGUACAAGGCGAAAAAGUUGUGCAAGUCCAAAAUAAUGUAGAAAAAGCAGAGCUUUCUGUGAAACAAGGUACAAGGUAUCUACAGGAGGCCAAGAAAAUUGGUGCCUUCUCUGCAAUAGUUGUUGGAGGAGCAGUGGGUGGCUUGGUGUUAGGUGGGCCCAUUGGCGCUGUGGUUGGAAUUAAAGCUGGAGCAAUACUGGGUGCGUCGGCUGGCGUGGGAGGUUUAAUUGUUGGUGCAACAUCCGGAGGUUUGAUUGGCAAGUUUGCCACUGACAUUGGAAACUCUUUGUCUGGUGUUUACUCAAAAGUUACAGCUCCCUUUAUGAGCAAGAAAGGUACCAAUACAGCAACUAGCGCUUCUUCAACCACCUCCAACAACUAA